GCCCUCCUCUCUGCAUGUACCCUCCCACUGCAUUCACUUGCAAAUCACAGUGUGCUUGGAAAAGGCUGCACUUCCCAAGGCUCUAACCUUCCCAUGGCAAGUGCUGUGGCUCUAUCAGCAGAACCUUUCUCUGCUUGCUCUGUGAGUGUAUCCGUGUGUGUGUGUCUGUGUGUGUGCGUGCUUGUGCGCGUGUGCGUGUGUGUGUAUGUGGUGUGAGUGAAGAAGGGCUGGUGGCUUUUUUUCCCCCUGUAUUAAUCAGAAGCUCUGAAUGAAAGCCAAUCAGAGAGAGAGCUCCCCCGUUCGCUUCGCUUCCCUGCAGUCCAGAGUUAAAAGUGAUGCUGAGGAAAAGCUUGAGUUAGAUUCAAGUAGAACCGGGUUUAGAAAAUUACAGCAGCAAACAAACAAAAAGCGGAGAUAGUGGCACGAUCUUCGGGUUGGAUUGCUACUUCCUGCUCCAGAAGGAGAGUCAAAGACUGGGAAAUAUGAAUAAAAUAAUGAUUAACUGUUGGAAACCAAUUGGAUACCCUGCCUACUAGAAACUCAUCAAAAGGAAGUCCAGAAACACAUUCCUGCUCUACCAUCAUCCACAUUGUGACCUGUCAGCAAUUGGAUCACUAUGACAAUAUACCGAGUUUUACUAUUGUUUCUGCUCUGGGUGUGCCUCCCAAACUUCUCCUCUAUGGAGAUGUUCUUUAGAAGGACUUCUGAGCCCCAAACAAAAGUUGUGAAAGCACGCACAGCAGGGAGAGAUGGAAAAGUACUGCACCGUCAAAAACGUGGUUGGAUGUGGAAUCAAUUUUUCUUACUUGAAGAAUAUACAGGAUCUGAUUAUCAAUAUGUAGGAAAGCUUCACUCAGAUCAAGAUAAGGGAGAUGGAUCACUCAAAUAUAUUUUAUCUGGAGAUGGAGCAGGCACUCUUUUUAUUAUUGAUGAGAAAACAGGUGACAUUCAUGCCACUAGGAGAAUUGAUAGGGAAGAAAAAGCCUUUUAUACCCUCCGUGCCCAGGCUAUUAACAGAAGAACUUUGAGGCCAGUGGAACCUGAAUCUGAGUUUGUCAUCAAAAUACAUGACAUCAAUGACAAUGAACCAACAUUUCCAGAGGAAAUCUAUACUGCCAGUGUUCCUGAAAUGUCUGUUGUAGGUACUUCUGUGGUACAAGUCACAGCUACAGAUGCCGAUGACCCUUCCUAUGGGAACAGUGCCAGAGUCAUUUACAGCAUACUCCAAGGACAACCAUAUUUCUCCGUGGAACCUGAAACAGGCAUCAUCAGGACUGCUCUGCCAAACAUGAACAGAGAAAACAGGGAGCAAUACCAAGUUGUUAUCCAGGCAAAAGACAUGGGCGGCCAGAUGGGUGGAUUAUCAGGGACUACUACAGUGAACAUCACGCUGACUGAUGUUAAUGACAAUCCACCUCGAUUCUCCCAGAACACCAUCCAUCUUCGUGUUCCUGAAUCCUCCCCAGUUGGCACAGCCAUUGGCAGUGUGAAAGCAACUGAUGCUGACACUGGAAAAAAUGCUGAAAUAGAAUAUAGAAUUAUUGAUGGAGAUGGAACUGAUAUGUUUGACAUCAUAACUCAAAAGGACACCCAGGAAGGCAUCCUUACUGUGAGAAAGCCUCUUGAUUAUGAAAGCAGAAGACUUUAUACUCUGAAGGUUGAGGCAGAAAACACUCAUGUGGAUCCACGUUUCUAUUAUCUUGGACCUUUUAAAGAUACUACCAUUGUCAAGAUAUCUGUAGAGGAUGUGGAUGAGCCCCCCGUUUUCAGCAGAUCCUCUUACCUUUUUGAAGUCCAUGAAGAUAUUGAAGUGGGUACCAUCAUUGGUACUGUGAUGGCAAGAGAUCCAGAUUCUGCUUCUAGCUCCAUUAGGUUUUCCUUGGAUCGUCAUACUGAUCUUGACAGGAUUUUUAAUAUACACUCUGGAAAUGGAUCAAUUUAUACAUCAAAACCACUUGAUCGUGAAAUAUCUCAAUGGCAUAAUCUUAGUGUUAUAGCAGCUGAAAUCAACAAUCCAAAAGAGACAACCCGUGUAGCAGUUUUUGUCAGAAUUUUGGAUGUCAAUGACAAUGCUCCACAGUUUGCUGUGUUCUAUGACACCUUUGUAUGUGAGAAUGCAAGACCCGGACAACUAAUACAGACUAUAAGUGCAGUGGAUAAAGAUGAUCCCUUAGGUGGACAAAAAUUUUUCUUCAGUCUAGCUGCUGUCAACCCAAACUUCACAGUCCAGGAUAAUGAAGAUAACACUGCUAGAAUUUUAACAAGAAAAAAUGGAUUCAGUCGGCAUGAAAUCAGUAGCUAUCUCCUGCCAGUAGUAAUCUCUGACAAUGAUUAUCCAAUCCAAAGCAGUACUGGUACACUUACCAUUCGAGUUUGUGCAUGUGACAACCAAGGGAACAUGCAGUCCUGCAGUGCUGAGGCUUUGCUUCUUCCUGCUGGCCUAAGCACGGGGGCUCUUAUUGCCAUUCUUCUCUGCAUCAUCAUUUUGCUAGGAUCUACAAGCUUCUUAUCUGAUAUGUCAUCAUUUCAUAAAGACUCUGGGUUCUUGUGGACUGUACUUUCUGAUAUUCCCCUACAAACUGGAAAGCUUUUGAGUCACAAUAGAUGUUACUUCCACCAACAUAGAGCAGUGGCCUUCUCUAACUUAAUAGUUAUAGUUGUGCUAUUUGCAGCUCUGAAAAGACAACGAAAGAAAGAGCCUCUCAUCUUGUCUAAAGAGGACAUAAGAGACAACAUUGUGAGUUAUAAUGAUGAAGGAGGUGGAGAGGAAGACACUCAGGCAUUCGAUAUUGGUACUCUGAGGAAUCCUGCAGUUAUAGAAGACAAGAAGCUACGACGAGACAUUAUUCCAGAAACGUUGUUUAUUCCACGGAGGACUCCUUCAGCUCCAGAUAACACAGACGUCCGAGAUUUCAUUAAUGAGAGGCUAAAAGAGCAUGAUAUUGAUCCCACUGCUCCACCAUAUGACUCACUUGCAACCUAUGCCUAUGAAGGAAAUGAUUCUAUAGCCGAAUCUUUGAGUUCACUAGAAUCAGGUACUACUGACGGAGACCAAAACUAUGAUUACCUCCGAGAAUGGGGCCCUCGGUUUAAUAAGUUAGCUGAAAUGUAUGGUGGUGGGGAAAGUGACAAAGACUCUUAACCUAGGAUAAAUUUUAUGUUCUCUCAAGAAGAAAUCAUUUCCAGACACCAUCUCCUCUCUUUUACAAUAUUUGACAUUCAGGAGAAUUUUCCUGCCACUCAGCACAAUAUUUUUUUUCCCUUUUCCUUUUUAAUUUGUUCAUUAAUUUCAUUAAUUCUUUCUUGUAGGAUGUCACAUGGAGUAUAUACAGCAUUUAUUUAAUCACUUCCAAGAGCCAAAGCUAUGGAAAUUCAGUGUUGUCCAUUUUAGUAAAUAAAAGAUACUUUCAGAAACUCGAACAGGAUAAGACUCCCUUAAGCAACUUCAUAUACAAGCCGCUUCUGUUAGGUACCUGUCCUGCCCUUGCAAGUGCAACUUUUAAGGAGGUGAAGAAGAAUUUUUUAAACAUAUAUAUAUAUAUAUAAAUAUACAUAUAUAUAUAUCCUGUUCUGUACAUUACAAUUCCAAAAAAAAAUGUACACGUGGUGUUAGUAAGUGUGAUAUGCAGCUGGUAUACAAAAGUUUGUGCAACUUCAUUUCAUCAAAUUCUAU